AUGCCCCCUUCAUCCCUGCCCAUGCCCCCUUCAUCCCUGCCCGUCCCCCCUUCAUCCCUGCCCAUGCCCCCUUCAUCCCUGCCCAUGCCCCCUUCAUCCCUGCCCAUGCCCCCUUCAUCCCCCCACCAGGUGUGCUGGGCCUCCACCUUCAACCCCGCCUCGUCCAACCCUCCCACCCAACCCUCGCAGCAGCAGUAUGGGCAGGAGGGGGCAAAGGCGGGCGUAUCACAGGACUGCUGGGGCAGCAAAGCGGCAGGGCGGUCGUCCGUGUGGGCGCCUGCCCCCUUGGGGUGGCGGCAGGAGGAAGCUUCUCAAGGCGGUGGGGGCAGGGAGUGCAGCAGUAAGCGUGCAGAUGACGUGGUGCCUGGGGGCAGCAGGAAUGAUCUUCACAGCCGCACUGACGACUCUUGCACAACCACCAGCAGCCGCAGCAGCAGCCCGGGCCACAGCAGCAGCAGCAGCAGCAGCAGCAGCAGCAGUGGGGCGGUGUCGCUGCAUUUCAACGUGAGCCACACGGAGGGGCUGAUCGCCCUGGCAGUGACGGCCGCCAUGCCCGUGGGGGUGGACGUGGAGGCCGCUGCUCGCUGCCCCCGCCGCGGCGUGCUGCCCGUGGCGAGGCGGCGGUUUGCACCGGAGGAGGCGGCGUGGGUGGGCGCGGGGCAAGAUGAGACGGAGCGGCAGCGACGGUUCGUUCACCUGUGGACGCUCAAGGUGAGCGGAGGGGGAGAGGAGGGAGGGGAGAGGAUGGGGGAGGGUGGAGGAGGGGGAAAGGGAGAGGAGGGGGAAGGGGAGAGGAGGGAGAAGGGGAGAGGGGGGAAGGGGAGAGGCGUGGGAAUGGGAGAGGAGCGGGAAGGGGGGAGGAGGGGGAAUGAGAGAGGCGGGGGAAGGGGAGAGGGGGGGAAAGGGGAGAGGAGGGGGGAAGUGAGAGGAGGGGGAAGGGGAGAGGAGGGGGAAGGGGAGAUGAGGGGGAAGGGGAGAGGAGGGUAA